AUGGGAACCUUGUUCAUAAACCAGAUUAAAAGGCAGGCGGCAUCUUUUAUUCAAGAGAAAUACAGAACUGCUAGGCUGGCUUUAACAGAUACUACUCCAGCAGAAUUGUUGGCUGAGGAAGCCACAAACUGUGAUCCAAUUGGGCCUGAUGCCAAAACAAUGACUAUAAUAGCUGAGGCAUCCUUUGACAUAGAUGAUUAUUGGAGAAUUGUGGAUGUUCUUCAUAAGAGGUUGUUUACAAUUGAUUGGAAGCAAUGGAGGCAAUCCUACAAAACACUGGUGCUGCUUGAUUUCUUAUUAACUCAUGGCCCUGAAGACUUUGCAGGAGCAUUCCAAUGUGAUAGUGAUGUUAUCGAAGAGCUUGGAACAUUUAGAUAUGUUGAUGAAAAAGGGUUUGAUUGGGGAAUACUGAUGCAAAAGAAAUCAGAAAAGAUAAUAGAUCUCCUCAGGGGAGGGGAAACACUCAAAGAAGCACGUUUCAAAGCUCUCAAAAUAACAAAAGAAAUCCAAGGGUUUGGGAAUUACAUGGCAUCACCUUCAUCCUCUUCAUCUUCUGGGUCGUCAAGAACUUCUUCUUUUGGAUCAUAUUCUACCUCGAGUUCUCCUACUAAUUUCCAGCAGACUAAUGAGAAUUUUGAAGCAGCGCACCUUUGGGAUUGCACUUCAAUUCAAGAAACAGGCUCUUUACUUGAUUCUGAAGGCGAGGAGGAUGCAAAAAAAGAUGGUUUUAUAAGUGGAAUUUGCUCCAAGCUUGUGGGUAUCAGUCCUACAAGAACUAACAGUGAGAAAGCCACUUUGAGGAAUUAUUCAGAUGUUGGAAGGGUAACAAAGAAAAAGUUCCAUCGCCAGUUUUCUGUACAUGCAGACACAUUGCCAGAUGAUUCUUAUUCGAUGUUCAUGGCAUGGGAAUGUGUACGUGUUGAGGCGGGAACUGCUGUUACAUUCAUAUACAUUUGCUGUGCAGAAGAUCCCAUAAAUGUAGGAGUGUGCGAGUCAGGGAAGUGUUAA